AUGGCAGAUAAAAAGAAAUGCCGUAAAUCUAUUAAUUUAGAUAUGAAGCUUAAAAUUAUUAGAUUGUAUGAUGAAGGUGUAAUUCAAGCUGAAAUAGGCCGAAAGCUAGGCUUCACUAGGACCACAAUUAACACAGUCAUGAAGAACAGAGAAAAAAUUGUUGCAGAAGUUAAAAGUGCUACACCUGUUAACACCACAACAAUUCGAAAAAGGGAUAGCAUUGUUGCAGACAUGGAGAGACUCCUAAUACUUUGGAUAGAAAAUCAGACAACACGCCAUGUUCCUGUAAACCAGGCAAUUAUACAAAGUAAAGCCUUAAGCUUAUUCAAUGACCUGAAGGCUAAGAAAGGUGAAGCAGCAAAGGAUGCUGAAUUUGUUGCAAGCCGUGGAUGGUUUGAUAGGUUUAAGAAGAGGUCUAAUCUACAUAACAUCAAAGUACAAGGAGAGGCAGCUGCUGCAGAUAAUGAGGCUGCAGAAAGCUAUCCAAGUGAAUUUGCAAAAAUUAUUGAAGAUGGAGGCUACUCCAUGGAUCAAAUUUUUAAUGUGGAUGAGACUGGUCUAUUCUGGAAGAAGAUGCCUGCAAGAACCUUCAUUGCAAGACAGGAAAAAUCGAUGCCAGGCUACAAGCCAGCUAAAGAUAGAAUAACCCUUCUGUUAGGUGGCAAUGCUUCUGGUACCUUAAAGCUAAAGCCUUUGUUUAUUUACCGUUUUCAAAAUCCAAGAGCUUUGAAGAACUACGUUAAAACUAGACUUCCAGUGCAUUGGAGGGCAAAUAAAAAAGCAUGGAUUUUGCUGCUUGUUGAUAAUGCUCCUGGACACCCUCGAACGCUAGAUGAGCUCAACCCUAACAUUAGAGUGGAAUUCCUACCACCAAAUACCACCUCAUUACUGCAGCCCAUGGAUCAAUGUGUCAUAGCUUCCUUCAAGUUAAACUACUUAAAAAGAACAUUCAGUAAGUGUAUUGCAGCAAUAGACAAAGAAGAAGGUGCAGGGCAAGAAGUCCUAUCGAAAUUCUGGAAAAGCUACAACAUCUUGGAUUGCAUUAAAACUGUAAGAGAUGCUUGGAAUGACAUAAAGGAUACCACAAUGAAAAGGGCCUGGAAAAAGUUAUGCCCACAGUUAGCUGAUGAUUCUGAAGGCGUUGAUGAUUCUGUAGCUAAUGUUACUGAAAAUAUUUUAGAGAUGGCAAGGCAGUUAGAGCUGGAAGUAGAGCCAGAAGAUGUUACUGAACUGCUUGCGUCCCAUACUGAGCCCCUCACUUUCCGUCAUCUUGAUAGCGCCAUGGCUCUUUUUGAAAAGCAUGAUAGGGAAUUUGAAAGAAGCUUCACAGUUAAUGGUAACAUUUCAGGGGCUUAUUCCUGUUACAAAGAAAUCUACAGAGAAAAGAAGAGAGCUACACUUCAAACCUCCAUAGAGACUUACUUUUCUAAAAGUCCAUCAGCAUGCAGAUCAUCAUCAUCGACAGACAGUCAUUUGGAUACCAGAUCAUCAACUGACAGUCCAUUUCCAGCUCUGGCAUCACCACCCAGUCCUGCUCCUUCUCUUAUUGCUACUUGUAGUACACCCAAUUCGCCAGCAAGAAAGCGUCUCGCCUUUGAAGAGUUGACUUGUGAAACAGAAGACACCAGUAUGACUUCAUCCUUACUAGAAUAA